GGAGCCGCGGCCCGGAGUCUGGCGCUCAUUGGAGGCGCGGCGCGGCCUCCCCGCCCCCCGGCGUCCCCGCCCCCUCCGCCGCGGCCGGGCUCCGCCUUCUGGCCCGCCGGGAGCCGCCUCCGUCGCCGCCACAGCCUCCUUCGCCGCCGGCCCGGGCCCAGCCAGCGCCCGCCGUGCCGGAGUCGAGUCGCAGCCCGAGCUGCUGCCCGCGGCCCCGCCAUGAGCGGAAGCGCCGCCGCCGCGGUCGCGGUCGCUGCCGCCUCAGCUGCCGCUGCCGCCGCCGCGCACUUCCAGCCUCGGCCGUCGUCUCCCAGGCCGGGCCCCGCCGAGCUCGGGCCCCCGCGCCGCCCGCGCCCCCCGCCACCACCGCCGCCGCCCCGGCCCGAGCCUGCCGCCGCCGGCCGCCUUAGCCCUCCGGGCCACGGGCCUCUUCGGACCGGGACGCAGGGUGGCGGCGCCUGCGGCAGAGCGUCCGGAGCAGGUAGUGUUGGUGCUUCUUUUCAGUGCCGGUCCGUCCAUCACGACCACAUUUGUCAUGAUGACAGUGACAAGAUCUCUCCCGGGGCCAAUUCAGCACCUCUGCCUGGCCAUCCUAACAAGGUGAUUUGUGAAAGGGUGAGACUUCAGAGCCUGGUCCCUCUUCUCCCAAGUGAUCAGAACACUACCGUUCAAGAGGAUGCUCACUUCAAAGCUUUCUUCCAGGUUCUUAUAUGUUUACCCUUACCUUACACAGAGCUGAGAAUCACACAUUCUAACUUGUUUCUCGGAAGACUUAAACAGACAUCUCAUUGGCAUUUACCUUAUUUUAGUCCUCCCAUCAGGCGUCAGCGAGGAAGAAGGGAUCGUCUGUCUCGACAUAAUUCCAUUAGUCAAGAUGAAAACUAUCACCAUCUCCCUUACGCACAGCAGCAAGCAAUAGAGGAACCUCGAGCCUUCCACCCUCCGAAUGUAUCUCCCCGUCUGUUACAUCCAGCUGCUCAUCCUCCCCAGCAGAAUGCAGUCAUGGUCGACAUACAUGAUCAGCUCCAUCAAGGAACAGUUCCUGUCUCCUACACGGUAACCACGGUGGCGCCCCAUGGGAUUCCACUCUGCACAGGUCAGCACAUCCCUGCUUGCAGUGCACAACAGGUCCCAGGAUGCUCUGUGGUCUUCAGUGGACAACACCUCCCUGUCUGUAGUGUGCCUCCUCCAAUGCUUCAGGCCUGUUCGGUUCAGCACUUACCAGUCCCAUAUGCUGCAUUCCCACCCCUUAUUUCUAGUGAUCCAUUUCUUAUACACCCUCCUCACCUUUCUCCCCACCAUCCUCCUCACUUGGCACCGCCAGGCCAGUUUGUCCCUUUCCAGACACAGCAGUCACGGUCGCCUCUACAGAGGAUAGAAAAUGAAGUGGAACUCUUAGGAGAACAUCUUCAAGUGGGCAGUUUUACUUAUCCCCCCUCGGCCCAUCCCCCAACAUUACCUCCUUCAGCUCCUUUGCAGUUCCUGACCCAUGACCCUCUGCAUCAGGAGGUAUCCUUCGGCGUACCUUAUCCUCCAUUCAUGCCUCGGAGACUCACAGGGCGUAGUAGAUACCGAUCCCAGCAGCCAGUACCACCUCCCCCUUACCAUCCAAGCUUACUGCCUUAUGUGUUAUCAAUGCUUCCAGUACCACCUGCUGUGGGCCCAACUUUCAGCUUUGAAUUGGAUGUAGAAGAUGGAGAAGUAGAAAAUUACGAGGCCCUGCUGAACCUGGCAGAAAGACUGGGAGAGGCGAAGCCUCGGGGACUGACUAAAGCAGAUAUUGAACAGCUUCCCUCCUACAGGUUCAACCCUAACAACCACCAGUCGGAGCAGACUUUGUGUGUAGUAUGCAUGUGUGAUUUUGAGUCGAGGCAGCUUCUUAGAGUCUUACCCUGUAACCACGAGUUCCAUGCCAAGUGUGUCGAUAAAUGGCUGAAGGGAAAUCGUACUUGCCCAAUUUGCCGAGCUGAUGCUUCAGAAGUACAUCGGGAUUCAGAGUGACCAGCCUACGAGCACAGAUUUAGUUUGGGUGUUCCUCAUCACGUGUAUAUAUGGACUAUCCAUUGAACUUAACCUGUGUGGCUUCCAGCCCUCCCUUUACCAAAAGGGUCAAUGGACCUUUCUUUGCACUGUGUGACUUAAUCAACUAUAAAAGCUUACAAUUAGUCUUCACAAUUAUGGGAUUGUUAUACUAACUGUGUGAUUGGAACUCCAAAGAUCUUUUCUUUAGCUUAAUUUCGUGUGUGCACUAACAUUCCCUGGUUUUUGUGUGAUCAUUCCGAGUGUUGCUGCAAGAUUACAGUGGACGUGAUCUUUUAGCAUGUGCUUUUAUAAAAAGUGGUAGCUCCAGAUGAUAUAGCAAUCUACCUUAUAUAGAGCCUUCAGAAACUGUGAGUGGAAGUGAGUGCAGCGUGUGAACUGUGUGAGAGAGCGUGUGCAACUACAUGUGUGGGGGCAUGGUAGCUACUGUGUGUAUGAGAUCCUAUAUACCAGCAUGUACCAAGAAUGUGUGUGUAGUUUUAAUUAUGCUGCAAUGUAUAAUCUGGUGUGUUAUUUAAACAGCACUAGUACUGUACACUGGUUUUCCCCUUGUGUUUGCUGUUGCACACUGAUUGCUAAGGGUGCAUCAAUUCUAAGCAUUGAAUACUUCGUCCCCUUCCCUCCCAAGGAAUGGAAUGAGAAAAGCCUUCUUCCUUUGCUUCAGGCAGCUGUCCCCUUCUCUUCCUCUGUGAUCCUAAGUGGGUCACUUAAGAAAAAAUGUCAGAUUCUCACUCCAUGACCUGAUUUUUUUUUCUUCAAUUCUGUUGUAAAAGAAACUUUUAAGUCUCCAACUUGCUAUUUCCAAAAAGAAGGUGCAAUAUCACGAUCCUCAUUAGCAAUAUCGGCAUUUCAGUCGGAGAUCUGAGUGUUUCUACUUCUUGUUUCUCCUUUACAUUUCCAGUAGCGUUUUACAGAAAGGACCUGUGAUUUUAUUCAUGUGUAGAUUUGUAGUCUGUUUCGAAGAUGUUUGAGUAAUAUAUUUUUAAGAACACCACUGGUCCCAUAAGUAUCGCCUUCUUGACUUCCUGUAGAACAAAAUCUGUUAUCUAACUCAGCCUGGUUUCUGGUGUGUGUUCUUCGCUCAGGCCUCCAUGGGUAACUAAAUUGUUUUAAGAGAGCUAUUUCUGUUGGUGUUAAUUGAAUUCCCACACUCUGGUCCUGAAGUUCUCUAGUUCUUUCCUCAGUAAACAUUCUCGUCGAAACCUUUGUUUCAGGAUGAUAGAGUGCUGUGACAGCUCCCUUCUUAGGUCUGGUUUGCUUUGAUGUCUUACUCUUUCUCUUUUAUGUCAGAAUGAGAAAAAGCUUAAUACAAUAGGUGCCCAGAAUACUUGCAGUGUAAAUGAAGAUUGGAUUUUGUAUAAAAAAUAAUAAUGCUGUCAAACAGGAAUUGACCUUUAUUUAAUCGGAAAUGAUACAUAGCCGUGUAAAACAAGACAGAUUGAUUGACCAUAAAUCAGGUUGGAAGUCACUUUUCAGCAGUUGGAUUCCUUCCUCCUUCUCUCAGUGUGCUCAGCCUUGUCUGCCUCUUUGUGAGUUCUCGGCUUCUGUCUGCAGCCAAGCGUGCUGCAGCCUUCCGGUCACAACUGUGACACUUUGUUGCCAACCUCACUCAACUCGCAAUUGGCACUGGGCCUUUUUUUUUUUUUUUACUCUGACAGGGAGUGUGUUCAACUACUUGCUACUGCCGUGUUCUUUACCCUCCCUUGUCUCUAAGCUCACCACAGCCUAGAGUUCAGGAAAGUCAAUCCACACAGAAGCACAAUUUUGUCUUCUUCAGACACUGUUGCCUCUCUAGUCAGACAAUAGGAUUGGACCUAUUUUCUGUUUGCCCUAAACUAAGUGUGUCAGAAAUACACUGAAAUAGUGGUGAAUGCACGUGUUACUUUUAAAUCGUUAGGAUACCCCUCCCGUUCCUAAUGAUGAAAAGGUGUGUUAAAGUCAAAAUUAAUGGCUUAUAAUAGUCAUCUCCAAAUCACAUGCAGUUUAAUCUUUAUUUUUUAAUUUAAAGAAAUCAUGUUUAAAAUGACAAAAGUCCAUAUUAUAUAUACACUUUUAUAUAGCUGCAAAAACUUUAUACCUGUACAGCUCUCCCAUGGCUCCACUCAGUGUUUGUUUUCCUGGUGCACACAGGUGAAGCACUUUCCUCGUUUCUACAGAGAUACUGACUACCAAGGCACACUGUGCUAAGACCGGAAAGCAGCCUUUCCUUAUUCUGUCGAUAUUUGCCAUGACGUUCCCUUCCCAGUAGAUUUUUUUUUUUUUUUUUAAUAUAAGUAGUUGGCAAUUUAGGAGGCAGCAGGUCUGUCCUGGUAAAAUUGUGUUUUGCAGUUAUGACUGCUGUCUCCAUGGGGUGUCUUCUCUUAGCACAGAACUGUUAGAGAAGGAUCAGACUUUUGUUCAUGGUGUGGUUGGUGUAUUUUAGGAGCAGACCUGGCGUGAUCUCUGUGGCCAGAAAAUGAGAAAGUGCGGUUGGCUUCUGCCUAACUGUCAUCUCUGGGAGAUGCACUGGGUGGCAGAUGGAUGUUGGUAGCCUUCAUCCUCUUCCUCCUAGAACAAUGUUGGCUUUACCGUCUUAACUCAGCUGUGGAGUUUUGUUGUUGUUUGUUGGUUGGUUGGUAGGUUUUAGAUUUGGGGUUUGGGCGUUUUGGUUUGUGUGGGUUUUUUUUUUUUUUUUUUUUUUUAUAAAUCACCAUAUUUUGUAUUUUCAACUCCAACCUCAACAAAACAACUCAAGGCCUCUAAGUAUCAAGAUACCAUACUAAUAUUUUCCUGUCCUGAAUUUUUUUUUUUUAGCAGAAUCUGAAAUUGUGAAAGCAUAUUAGAUUUUCUACACUCCCUGAACUUUAAUUUGGUAGAAUUCUUAAUCUGGGCCUCUUGUGGUAAUUUCCAGUGUGAUCUGCCUGCCAGCUUCCGAGAACACUUUCACAGUAUCUCUGGCCCUUCUCGAGUCUGCUCCCCAUAGUGCAUCUGGUUACCUCAUGUUGCUGUUUGUUUAAGAUUAUGAAAACUCACGGGGUGUUUGUUGGAAUCAUUUGCUGAGUCAUUUCCUCAAAUCAUAUUCCAUUGUACCAGUUAACAUAUAGUUUUAAAUGUAUGUAUUAUAAAUAUCUGUAACCAAAUCAUUUGAAGGCUUGAUAAAUUUUUAACAAAGUUUGUACAUUUUUUAUGAAAGUUACUAGUAAUGCUUUACUAAGUAGUGCAAUGAAUUUUUAUUUUUAAUCCCUGUGCCCAAUUUUGGAGUUGAGAGGGUUGUUGGUAAUAAAUGUAUGAUGUACACUUAAAAUAUCUGUUGUGUUUCAUGUUAGGUAUGUUUUAGGAGCUGUGUUUACAAAGGGGGGUGUGUGAUAGGGUACAGCAAGGUGGUAGAGCCGGCUUGGUGCUCACCGCUGAGCCUGGUCUUUAAAGUAUAGUCUUGGUGUUGGUUUAAACAACUGGAGUUACAAAACGAGCAUGGUAACAUAGGUAUCUACUUGUUUCCUUAAAAGACCAAGCAAUCAGCAGAAAAUGUAGCUCAGGUGGGUCCAUGCAUAUCUGACAAGCUGCAGGUACAGGAGACUUAACCAUCUCUUCUCUGUGUCUCUGUGCAGCACCCUCCCCAUGAACCAUAAGAUAGAGAAAACAGCGGUGUGGCUGGGAGAGCAAGGGCAUAUCAGGGACAGUUUUCAGCCAAGUCACUGUGAGCGUAAUGAGGGGAAAGGACCCCUGUUCAUUGUCAUACACGGUGACUUAAAAUGUAAGGAAUCUGCUGACCGAUUUACUUGAGAAGGUGUCUGAUACCCCACCAGCAAAAGCAUUCAGAAAUCCUGAGUUAUAAGCCAUAACCUGAAAAAAUGGCUGUUCUAAAAAGCCAUGGGCUCCUCAGCAAAUAUUCUUUCAAUAGGAGUGGAAGUAUCGGUGCUGAUGCUCUAAGGGCCUCGUCUUUGCCAAGAGUUUACAGUGCUCUCCUGAGUUGGCUUUGGUGAUAUCACAGGCAUCUCAAAUGUGCCCACAGACUUCACUGGCUACAAUGUUUAACAGAGCAGAAGCUUCUAUUUACACUACAGAGUAAGAUUUCUGAAAGGUGUGGUCAGGUCACACCUGUCUGAAGUGUAGUCGUGUAAGACAGUUUAGUGGCCACGUAUAAAAGCAGAAGAAUUGGCCAGGUAGAGUGCUUCCUUAGUCUGGCUUCAGUCCCUGACUGGAAGAAAAAAAAUGUUAUUCAACCCAGCAUACAUCUUUCAGUAUAUAUGCUUUUGACCCCAGCACUUGAGGCCAGCCUGGUCUACAGAGUUAUUUCCAGGUCAGACUCCAACAGAAAAAAAAAAAUCUUUUGUAUUUUCUCAGAUCCUGUAUAUUAAAGCACAUCUAAUUUAAACUGGCCACAUUGUAAAUAUUCAGUAACCCAUGGAAGUGGCUGCCAUACUAGAUGACUCAGAUCUAGACCACUGUGCUGUAUUAUCUGGUUUCCAGGAACUGCAGGUUAAAACGGGUAGAGUUUGCUUGUAAUCCUGACACAUGCUGGAAGGUUUAAGGUUGUAUUUAGGGGAAUGCACUUUAAAUGGACCUUACAGAGGACAACUUUGGAUGUUACUCGGUGUUCCUCUUGUUCUUUGAGACGGGGUCUCUCACUGGCCUGGAGCUUGCUGAGCAGGCUAGGCUGACUGACCUGUGAGCCCCAGAGGUCCUUUUGUUGCCUCCUCCUUAGCACUGGGAUUACAAGUGUGUGCCACCAUUCCCAGCUCUGUUUUUGUUUUGUUUUGUUUUGUUUUAAUGUGGGUUCUGGGAAUCAGACUUUGGGUCCUUGUGCUUGCAACACUUAACUGACUGGCUAUCUCCCCUUGCUGUUAACAGAGUAAAUUAUAUUUAUUGUUAGACAAUUUUAUACAUGUAAGCAAUGUAUAUUGGUCAUAUGCAUUCCCAGUUUGCCCCUCCCAUUCCCCCAGGCAUCUUCAACAUGUCUCUGGUCCCCAUUUUUGUAACUGUGAUAGCUGUUCUUGGUUGUCAUCUUGACUGCAUCUGCAGCUAACAAGCCCAAACAUCUGUGUGCAUCUGUGUGGGAUCUUCUUCUUGAUUGUGUCAUUAGAAGUAGGAGAAACCACUUUCAAUGCCUAUCUUUUGAAGUGGGAAGAUCCACCUUUAAUCUGGGAGGACGUUCUUGCUCUUGAUGACAAGUCCAUUCCUUCGCUGGAUCAAAGCCUACUACUUCAAGAUUCCAGUGUAUACUGAAGACCAGCUGAGACAUCCAACCUCGUGUAUUGAAGAAACUCCUGGAUUCUUUGACCUUCCGUUUUGGGUAGACAGCCACUGUUGGACUAGCUGGACCACAGCCUGUAAAGCAUUCUAAUAAAUUGCCUUAAUAUCUUUUCUACAAAUUCUGUUUCUCUAGAGAACCCUGACUGAUAGCACUCAUUGAGUCCAAUUAGUUGCUGCCUGUUGGAAUAUUGGCCAAUCUUGGCUUGGUUUUUGUACAGGUAACCACGGCUGCAGUGAGCUCUGCCAUGUCCUGUCCAGAAGACAGCAUUUCUCAGUAACUGUUAGAUUCUUCUUCCUCAUUCUGAGCCUUUGGGAAGAGAAGGGUGCAGAACCAAACUUCUAAGUUUUAUCAUUCUUAAAUUAUAUAUCAUGCCUUAAAUUAUAGUCAGAUUAAAAAGCACUUCACUUUGAAUAGCUAAUGUAAUUUGUUAUGGUGUAAAGAUUCACUUGAAAAGCAGGUUUAGUUGCUAUGAACAAUAUGCUGCCCUGGUACAAUUCAGGAACCAAGUUCCUAGGCUUGGGACUAUAGCUCAGGUGGUAGGGAACCUGCCUAGCAUCACACAGACUGAGUAUGGUGGUACCUGUCUACAGUCCCAGCACUUGGAAGCAAGAGGACUAGGAGUUCGGGAUAGCCUUGACUACAUAUGAGUUCAAACUGUGUCAAAAGAUCCCAGCCAUGUUUGCUUAACGCCUUUAGAAUCCUCAACUAUUUAAAUAGAUAUGUGAGAGAAAUAAAUGGUGGUCAGGGCUAGAGAGAUGAUUCUGCUCUUACAGGAGGCCUGGGUUUGGCUCACUCACCCAGCAGCUCACAAGUGUCUUAAUUCCAGCUCCACGGCACCCAGUACCCUCUUCUGUCCUCUGGCAUCUACACUCUGUGCUCACGCACACAGAGAUCAAAUUGGGUUUUGUAUUUUGGUUUUUGUUUUCAUCUGAGCAGCCCUAACAUUGGCCAUUCUGAAGAACCUGAGAGUGGUUAGCUUUUAACCUACUUUCAGAUGAUGGGCUGGAUUCUUACUAAGAUUACAGUACAGUGUACGCGCACCUAACUUCUUGCAUGGUUCUCUGCUUCCCAAAAUAGCAGGAAAUUCAGGAAUAAAAGUCUAGUAGCUGUGGUAUAGCACUUGGUUAGCAUGUUCAAUUCCAUGAGAUGGAUCACCAGCACCACCAAAAUAUAAAACCAUAUCAAGCCUUUGGUUCUUGGCCUACUAUGAAAACAAGGUAAGAUGAUAUGGUGGUUGUAAGUGGAAAUAGAACUUAAACAUUGUAGUUGUCUCUGCUGAUUUUGGAUACUAAUAGCACAUUGCUGCUACAUCAAUGAAACCAUCCUGCCAAAAUUGAGCUAGCCUAACAAAAGAGAAAUGUAUUAUCUUUCACAAUUGAGCCUUAGAAAGCCCUAGUGUGGUCACUGACACAGAUGGAAAUGGAUUGGCUAUGCUAGUUUCAGAAGCCCAGAAGGAAAUGGGUUUCUAGGUCCCAAAUGCCAAAUUCUACUUGGGGAAGACAAGCCAGAAAGAAGAAAAAUCACUUGACCCUAGGCCUUCUGAGGCAGCCUGGGCAGUAUAGAGUAUAACAAGGUACCCCCAUCUCAUUAAAAAGCAUUGAGGUAGUUCAACAGGUAUAAAAAGUGCUUACAGCCCUACAACCUGUGAUUGAUACCCAAAUCCACCUAAAAGUAAAAAGAGAAUCAGCCCCAC